CAGAGCGCAGAAAAACCCGGAACUUCUGAGAGCGUAAGAAAGAGCGCCUGUAUUCAAUUUGAAAAGGAAAAACAACAUCAGUACUUAGAAAAGUUACCCUAUUCUCCAGAACCGAAUGUCUGAAAGAGUGGAUUAAACGUCUCUCACUAAUCUAUGACCAUCAGAGCAAUAGAAUUGAGUGGGAAUGUUUGGAUGCGCUCCAGCUCCACCCCUCAUCCAUGUGGCUCUGCUGGGAGGCAGAUCUGUGGACUUGCCUGAGCUGAUGAUGUUGCACUACUUCAUUUGCAGGUAGUAACACUGAUCUGGAGUCAGCACCCUCAACUGGUCGGUCAUGAGUUUUGCUCCGAGUCCUUUCACCCCCAUGGGCAGCCGCAGCAUUCAGGAGCAGCGGGACCGCUGGGAGAGGAAGAGGAGCCGCACAGCCCGUGAGCUAGUCCAGAGCGAACAAAGAUACUGUGAACAGCUGGAUCUAGUCAUCACGUACUUUGUGGAGAUCUUGAAGGCCAAAGGAACCCUCAGGCAGGACAUUAGAGAAAGCAUCUUCAGUUCAAUUAAAUCCAUUCAUUUAAUAAACCAGACCCUGCUCGCUCAUCUAGAACUGGGGAGGUUUGGCAUUGGGUUUGAGGAGUUCUGCACUCACCUGCAGUUGUAUAAUACUUACGUUGACAACAUCCAGACAGCUAAAAAAGUCCUCAUGGUUCAGGUGAAAAAAAGCAAACCCUUCAGAAGGUUUAAAAAGCUCCAGGAGUCGAGGCCCGAGUUCAAUCAGCAGAAACUUGAGGACUUGCUUCUGCUUCCUCUUCAGCGCAUUCAGCAGUACAAGCAUUUCUUGAGGGACUUGACAGAGAACACCGGUCCAGACAACCCGGAGUUUCAGCAGCUUUCAAAGGCAGUAAAGGUCGUCUCAGAGGUCGCCCAGCGGAUCCAGGACAACGCUCGCAGCCACGAGAACCACCUGCAGCUGCGCAGAGUCCAGAAACAGCUGAAGGGCCGAAAGACCAAAAUCCUGACUCCAGGGAGGUGGUACAUUCGGGAAGGCUGGCUUAAGACAGUGCCCCCUAAAGGCACGGAGGCAAAGCCCAAGAUGUUUUACCUGUUCUCUGACAUCCUGCUCCAGGCCAAACCAUGCAGUCCCAUACAUCCUACCCAUGGGGAUAAGUUUGCUUGUCAGCAAGUCUACCCAUUGAAGGAGUGCACAGUGGACAAAGUCUUCGGCCACACCAAGAGCCAGGGAGGCCUUAUCAGUUUGACCUUUGCCAGGGCCAAACUGCUCCUAAUGUCCGAGGAUCAGGGGGAAAUUAAUGAUUGGUACCGCAGUAUCUGCAUGGCUAUUGGGCAGCUGAAGUCAAAGAAUACAGUGGUGCACAGGAGAGACGAGCUGCGCAGGAAGCCAAUCAGAUCUGAUCCAGACUGUCAGAACACUCCAGAACUCCAAACACGUGGAAUAAAAAGGACAAUGAUGUUGGAUGAAGAGGUUGGGGGACACAGCGAGGGUCACGGCAGCAGUUCCAUCCCUUCAACAGGGGAGAGCGGUCACAGCGCCACCAAGAGGCUGAAGUCUAAUGAAGCUCCUGCUGCAAUACCACAGGAGUCUUCUGGAUCGAGCUGUGUCAUACUGUGAGGAGGUUCACGUUCUGAAAGAGCUGAAAGAUCUGCCCACAGACGGAAGGACCAGAGGUGAUUUAGGGUGAAUGUAAUGCAAUGUACAUCAACUACAUACUGCUGCAUUUUUUUCCAUAUGCCAAAGAAUAUGGUGCAAUGCAGGGUUAUUGCUUUUAAGCAUGAUUACUGUUCACUUUUUAAAGAUUUUUAUACUGAGAUGUCUUACUAAGUGUAAUUCAAUGCAGAAAUACUCACUGAUAAUGGACAAAAUCGAACAAAAAAGACACAAAAACAUCAUGUAUAGUAACAGAAUAUUUAUCCAGUCACUGACUCUGACUAUAUAUCAUUAUAGUGCAAAAUAAAUUCAUUUUAUGCUAUUAACAUUUAUUAUCAAAUUUGAAUAUGAAACCAUUUGGUGCAAUAAGACUUUUGGUUUGCAUGAGAUUUUAAUCUGUUGUACACUGGACCAAAAGGAGAAACCUGCUUUAUUAUAUAUUGAAUAUUGCUUUAGUUAUGAUGAUACUCUGCUAUCCUCAAUGCAUUUUUUUUUUUGUAUGUUUGUGUUAAUCAAACUUUUACUGUCAGAUACAUUUAUGAGUUUAUUUGUUACCGAACUCUGUUACACUGGUCAAUAUUAUAUUUUGCAUGUGAAUUAAUAAAAGCUCAGUGAUUUGCUCUAAA